ACAGUUACACACAGGUACACACCUCUAGGUUUGUUUGGGCUGGCCUACUCGACUGGAUGAGCGGGUCUGUGCCAACACCCUUCCCUGUUCGCUGGAGGAGAGAGCUGUCAGUGAACAGUGAACCUGAAUGUGUGUGUGUGUAUUGACUGAACUCACAAUCAUUCGGCCGAAUCACCAGCACUGCUCAAUACUUCUGCCACCACACUGCAGCUAAACGGACUUUAAUAAGGUGUCUUUUGGGGUGGUUUCUAGAUCUUUUUGACUAAAGAAUGUCCAAAGCGGGGGAAAGACAGUCGGUUUUGCGAACCACGAAGGUUCGCACCGCUCUGAAAGGAGACAACAGCUGGAUACAGAGACGAGAGCAAGAAAAUCUUGAGAGAGAGGAGGAGGAGGAGAAACCAUGGAUCGCUGAAGUGCGAGCGAAGCGCUCAAGUGGUGUGUUUGAAGAAACAAGUACUGUAUCCUUACCCACGGCCAACGAGCCCCAGCCCAGACCUGACACAGACAAACCAAAAACACCUGCAUCUGGAUACUUAAUCAGAGGGGUGUUCACAAAAACCGAAUCCAAGCCAACAUCAACUUCAUCCACCAAUGGAUAUGCUGGAAUAAAUAGCUUCAACAAAAAGCCAUCUGAGAGUUACAAGAAAAUAGCCCCCCACACAGUUCGGUCCAGCAGUGAAAAAACAGCGCCGUUUGAACCAACUCUGAGUCCAGAGGAAAUGGAAAAGAGGACAGAGACAGCCAACACUGUGCUGAAGGGAUCGCAAGCAAAUCGACGCUCAUACGUUAUGUCAGCUGCAAAGAAAUACGGAUCUACAGAGAAGCCUGACAGCUCGGCUGAUAUGAACACUUCUUCCUUUGCUGCAAAAAGGGUAGUUAUCGGUAAUGAUGAUGACACCAAAGCAUCUGUUAAGUCUGUGCCUGUGCAAAGUGUUAAAUCAAACACUGAACCAGUGGUGAAGGAAGACAAGCCAGCAGCACCUGAGACUAAAACUGCAUCUGAAACAAAAACAACGAUUGAACCUAAACCCACAAUAGACUCUAAACCAGCACUUGGGACUAAGCCAGUGACUGAAACUAAACCUACAACACAAACUAAAAUUACAACCGAAUCUAAUGCCACAUCAGAAUCUAAACCAGUGCUAGAAAACGCAACACAGCCUAAAACAACAUCUGAGCCUAAACCAGCUUCACAACCUAAACCUGCAACUGAAACUACAACAACAACUGAACCUAAACCAGUGGCUCAAACUAAACCUACCACACAAACUACAACAACAACUGAACCUAAACCCACAUCAGAACCUAAACCAGUUGAAACUAAACCUGUAACAACUGAAUUUAAACCAGCAAUUGAAACUAAAACAGCAACUGAAACUAAAAAAGUUGAAACUAAAACAGAAACUAAACCUACAACACAAACUACAACAGCAACUGAUCCUAAGCCCACAGCAGAGCCUAAACCAGUUGAAACUAAACCUACAACACAGACUACAGUAGCAAGUGAUCCUAAACCCACAUCAGUAAUUAAACCAGUUGAAACUAAAACAGCAACUGAAACUAAAACAGUUGAAACUAAAACGUUCACACAAACUAUAACGGCAACCGAUCCUAAACCCACACCAGAGCCUAAACCAGUUGAAACUAAACCUACAGCAACAACUGAACCUAAACCAGUUGAAACUAAACCUACCGCACAAACUACAACAGCAACUGAUCCUAAAUUAGUAGCUGAAACUAAACCUACAACACAGACUACAGUGGCAAGUGAUCCUAAACCCACACCAGUAAUUAAACCAGUUGAAACUAAACCUAUAACAACUGAACCUAAACCAGCUGAGACUAAACCAGCAACUGAAUCUAAAUCAGUUGAAACUAAAACUUCCACAAAAACUAUAACGGCAACCGAUCUUAAACCCAAACCAGAGCCUAAACCAGUUGAAACUAAAACAGAACCUGAAGCUAAAUCUCAGCCCAAACCAGCACCUGAAUCCAAGUCUGAACCAGCUCCAGAGAAAAGCCUGUCUGACACCCUGAUAUCCUUCAGCACAGAGUCUGCCAGUUCUGGCCAAACGGAUCUGGGAGUAGAUCUUCUCAGUCAGGAUCUGCUCACAGACAGCAGUUCUCUGCCUCAGACGAAGAAGACACAUACAACUCUGGACCUGCUCGCUGAUGAUCUGAUUCCCUUCAGUGCUACUUCCACCAGCUUAGUUGAUGAAUUUGAUCCAAUAGCAGCAUCGAGUGAGCCCACAAAGAGUCCUCACUGGUACGGUCCUCCUAAACUGGACUCAAGGUCCACGGAUACAUUCAAUCAAUUUCAGCAUCCUGUGGAUUUGGUUGCUGAUUUGCCACCAGAUGUUUCUUUUUCCUUGGCUGAAGAUGUCACUCCAAUUGAUCCUAAAAGUGACUGGGAGACUAACAUGGAAAGUUACAAAACCAGCAUCAAAACAGUGCAGAGUUCUGUCCCGGAGAAGUUACCAGAAUCUGACUCCAAGAAGGGCUUUGUCUAUGUAAAGGAAUAUGUGGAUAACUCGUGUCUUGAUGGCAGCUCUGAUUAUGUGUCAUCAACAACCUCUAACUACAACUACAGCAGCCCCAGCUACUAUACAAGUAGAGAGCUCACUACCUGUACAUACUGUGGGGAAAUGGUGGGAAGCGACGCCAAAAUCACCAUCGAGCACCUGAACAUAUCCUGUCACCCAUCCUGCUUUAAGUGUGGUAUCUGCAGUAAACCAAUGGGAGAUUUACUCUACAACAUGUUUCUCCACCGUGGGACGGUGCAUUGUGAGAGCUGCUAUUCCAAUGUGCUAUAAGAUCUGCUUACAAGCCUGAAAUAUCCAUCAACAGUGUGACCAUCUUGAAGGAACAGGAAUUAGUUCCUUACUGUACUUCAUUGAUACUGUAUGCUGACGGUACAGCCGUGCAGAAUACCUUCUGAAUAUGUGCAUAAAAAGGUUUUCUUGUGCAAACCAUGCUUGUUGCAGGGCAUCUAGGAUUUUGAAUUUAGAUUCUGCUGCAUUAAAUGUUUAGUCAAGAUGAUAAGAAUGUAUACCUUUGUUUUAUUUAAUCAUCAGAAACCAUUUUAAUGAAAUUAUUUUACUGUUUGAGUAGCUGUAUUGUUAUGGAAAUAUGUAUCCUGCAUAUUCACAAUUAAAGAAAAAUCCUCAUAGUGAA